CGGUGAUGUUAAGCUACCAGAGGUGGUGAUGAUGAUGGUGCAUUGAACGUGCAGUAGAUAAUCCUACGUGCGGAUAUAAAACAUUACAUUUCGAGCAUGCAUUUCUUGCGGAGUUAUUUGGACAUUUUAUCAUUAUAAUUUUGAUAGUGUUUACCUUGUGUCAUGUUAGGUAACGCUUACAUGAAGCAGAUCCUGUUGCAUCAUCUCCUGUAUAUUAAGGACGCUGUAAAUAAGGAGUUCAAGCAUGACUCAUAGUAAACAAAUACGAGUGAUGGUCCUCAAUGACAUGGAGAAACUACACAGGACUGUCUUCCGUCUGGACCAAGGGUUUGAGCUCCAGUUUCGUUUGGGUCCCACUCUUCAAGGGAAACACGUGCGUGUUCACACUAACUACCCUGCGGAUGGGGAACGCUUCGAGCGCCACAAAUUCCGCGCCUUAGAGUUCAUAAACCCCACUGCAAGAGAAGAUGAUUCUGACAAGUUCUGCACCCUUGACCUCCAGGUUUCAGGCUCAUACCAGUAUUAUUUUGGCUAUGGAGAUGAGGAACAGUCUGGUGGUGGAUAUGUUGUGGUGGACCCUGUGCUCAGGGUAGGAGCAGAUAACCAUGUAUUGUCCCUAGACUGCAUUAGCAUCCAGACAUACCUGUCCAAAUGCCUUGGACCCCUGGAUGAGUGGCUGGACAGACUUGGAGUUGCCAAAGAAGCAGGAUACAAUAUGAUUCACUUCACGCCAUUGCAGACGCUGGGUGAGUCUCGCUCCUGUUACUCUCUGGCCGAUCAGCUGGAGCUCAACCCAGACUUCUCCCCACCUGGACAAACUUACAGCUGGAUGGACGUCGGUAACCUGGUGGAGAAGAUGAAGAACGAGUGGAAUAUGUUGUGCAUCACUGAUGUGGUUUACAAUCAUACAGCUGCUAACAGCAAGUGGAUUAAGAAACAUCCAGAAUGUGGUUAUAACCUGGUGAACUCCCCUCAUCUGAAGCCUGCCUGGGUGCUGGACAGAGCCCUUUGGAACGUCACGUGUGAUUUAGCUGAUGGCAAGUAUGCAGACAAAGGCCUGCCAGCUCUCAUCCAGAAUGACAAGCACCUCAAUGCCAUUCGUGGGAUUCUCUGGCAAGAUGUUUAUCCCAAGAUUAAACUGUGGGAGUUCUUCCAAGUCAAAGUGGAAUCGGUGGUGGAGCAAUUCAGAAUUUUACUCCAAAAUGGAGCCAAACCUGAUAGGAGUAAGACUGAUGGUAAACCGCAACUGAUGAUCAUUCAGGACCCUCAGUACAGACGCUUCGGGAACACAGUGGACAUGAACUCUGCACUGGAGAUCUUUAUGCCCCAGGGGAACAGUCCUGGUGCCAUUGACGAAUGCUGUAACUGGCUGAAGAAGAGACUGGAGGAACUGAAUGGUGAACAGUACAGAGAAAUUCAACACCAUCAGGAGCAGGCUACUAACUGCAUUAAUGGAACUGUGACAUAUGAGCGACUGGCUGACCAUGGACCCAAGCUGGGCCCCAUCACCAGAAAACGUCCUCUAGUCACAAGAUAUUUCACUUUCCCAUUUGAGGAGUCAACCCUGGAGCAGGAUCUGGAGCUGUUGAGUAAGCCAGAAAAGGCCUGUCAUUUCUUGGCCCACAACGGCUGGGUCAUGGGGGAUGAUCCCUUGAGGAACUUUGCUGAGCCAGGCUCCAACGUUUACAUCAGGAGGGAGCUGAUCUGCUGGGGCGACAGUGUUAAACUCCGGUAUGGCAACGGUCCCGAGGACUGCCCCUACCUGUGGGCCCACAUGCAGAAAUAUACCGAGAUCACAGCCAAGCACUUUGUGGGAGUGCGUCUGGACAACUGCCACUCAACUCCACUGCAUGUGGCCGAGUUCAUGCUGGAUGCUGCCCGCACUCUCAGGCCUGACCUGUAUGUGGUGGCUGAGCUCUUCACAGGCAGCGAGGAGUUGGAUAAUGUCUUUGUGACUAGAUUAGGAAUCUCGUCGCUUAUCAGAGAGGCGAUGAGUGCAGGAGAUAGUCACGAGGAGGGCAGGCUGGUGUACCGGUAUGGAGGGGAGCCGGUGGGGGCUUUUCUGCAGCCCAGUCUUAGGCCUCUGGUGCCCAGCAUCGCUCAUGCCAUGUUCCUGGAUGUCACACAUGAUAAUGAGUGCCCUAUUCAAGUCCGCUCUGUAUAUGAUUCGUUGCCCAGCUCUGCUAUUGUAUCUAUGGCGUGCUGUGCCACUGGAAGCACUCGAGGCUACGAUGAAUUAGUACCCCACCAGAUCUCAGUUGUGUCCGAAGAGCGCUUCUAUACCAAAUGGAAUCCAAAGGCUGAACCCUCUUCUCCUGAUGACGUCAACCUACAGUCAGGAAUCAUCGCUGGAAAGCUUGCCCUCAAUCGGCUACACCAGGAACUGGCAUCAAAAGGCUUCAACCAGGUGUUUGUGGACCAAGUGGAUGAGGACAUUGUAGCGGUCACCCGUCAUAGUCCCAGCAUGCAUCAGUCUGUGGUUGCUGUGUGUCGCACUGCUUUCAAGAACCCCAAACACCAUCGCUACACAGACGAGGUUCCACCAAUGUGCAUUCCAGGUAAGAUCGAUGAGGUAGUGCUGGAGGUGCGCACAACAGAGAGGCAGGCGGGGUCCUACAGAAAAGAUGAGAGGAGCAUUAAUGGAAUGCCUGAGUACACAGUGGAGAUUAAAGAGCACAUCCAGCUGAAGGACAGUACAGUCGUGAGGCAGGCUGGGGUGACGUCUCGAGGGUGCAGUGAAUAUGUGCAGGAGAUCGUGUUUGAGAAGCUCACACCUGGAAGUGUCAUUGUUUUCAGGGUGAGUCUUGACCCCAAAUCCCAGGAGCAGGUGGGUGUGUUGAGGAAUCAUCUCAUUCAAUUCAGCCCCCUCUAUAAAGCUGGCAGUCUCACUGAUCAAAACAUGCCUGCCAUACUGAAGAACCCACUUACACAGAUAAUGUCUAAGCUGACUCUGGCUGAUAUGAAUAUCCUGCUGUUUCGCUGUGAUGCUGAGGAGAAGGAGGACGGAGGAGGCUGUUACAACAUCCCUGGCUGGACGUCACUCAAAUAUGGUGGUCUGCAAGGUCUUUUGUCAGUGAUGGCAGAUAUUCGACCCAAAAAUGAUCUGGGCCACCCAUUUUGUGACAACCUGAGGCAAGGGGAUUGGAUGAUUGACUACGUGAGCAAUAGGCUGAUGUCACGCGGGGGCACGCUGGCAGAGGUGGGUCAGUGGUUCCAGGCUAUGUUUGCUUACUUGAAACACAUCCCCCGCUACCUCAUCCCUUGUUACUUUGAUGCCAUCCUGGUUGGGGCUUACACAACUGCCCUUGACGUGACCUUCAAACAGAUGUCAUGCUUUGUGCAGAAUGGCUCAUCUUUCGUGAAGCUGCUUGCUCUGGGAUCGGUUCAAAUGUGUGGUGUUGGACGAUUACCAGCUCUUCCACCUCUCUCACCAGCCUUGCCCGAUGUGCCUUACCGCAUCAAUGAGAUCACUAAGCAGAAGGAGCAGUGCUGUGUCUCCAUGGCUGCAGGCUUACCUCAUUUCUCUGCUGGAAUCUUCCGCUGCUGGGGCAGAGACACAUUCAUCGCCCUGCGUGGACUCAUGCUGGUCACCGGUCGUCACCUGGAGGCCAGGAACAUUAUCCUGGCCUUUGCUGGCACACUGAGACAUGGCCUGAUCCCAAACCUGCUGGGAGAGGGUGUGGGAGCACGCUUUAACUGUCGUGAUGCGGUGUGGUGGUGGCUGCAGUGCAUUCAGGACUACUGCACUAUGGUGCCCAAUGGCACUGACAUCCUCCAAUGCCCCGUGUCCAGGAUGUACCCCACAGAUGACUCUAAGCCCCUGGCACCUGGCACUGUGGAGCAGCUGUUGUAUGAGGUAAUACAUGAGGCCAUGGAGCGCCACAUGCAGGGUAUGGAGUUCAGAGAGAGGAACGCUGGACCACAGAUUGACCGCAACAUGAGAGAUGAAGGCUUCAAUAUUUUGGCCAAGGUGAACCCUGACACUGGCUUUGUUUAUGGUGGAAAUCAGUUCAACUGUGGGACCUGGAUGGACAAAAUGGGAGAGAGUGAGAAAGCCGGCAACAAAGGCAUGCCGGCUACACCCAGAGAUGGCUCAGCAGUGGAAAUAGUGGGUCUUUGCAAGUCUACAUUACGCUGGCUGGUGGAGUUAAACAAACAAGGGCUCUUUCCUUACAAUACCAUAACCAUUCAGAGAGACGGCCAGCCGCUCUCUGUGUCCUAUGAAGAUUGGGACAGAAACAUCCAGAGGAACUUUGAGAAGAUGUUCUAUGUGUCCAGUGACCCAAAUGAACCCAGUGAGAAGCAUCCUGAGCUUGUCCAUAAGCGGGGCAUUUAUAAAGACAGCUAUGGAGCCUCCAGUCCAUGGUGUGACUACCAGCUCAGACCCAACUUUACUAUUACCAUGGUGGUGGCUCCAGAGUUGUUUACUGUAGAGAAAGCAUGGGAAGCUCUGAACAUUGUGGAAGAGAAACUGCUUGGACCUCUUGGCAUGAAGACAUUGGACCCAGAUGACAUGAUAUACUGUGGAGAUUACGACAAUUCCCUCGACAAUGACAACUAUAACCUCGCUAGAGGCUUCAACUACCACCAAGGCCCUGAGUGGCUCUGGCCUAUCGGUUACUUCCUCCGUGCCAAGAUCUAUUUUGCAAAGAAGCUUGGCAAAGAUACUUACGAGAGAACAGUGUAUUUGGUUAAGAAUGUUCUCUCUCGCCAUUAUGUCCACAUGGAAAGGUCAUCCUGGAAGGGUCUGCCAGAGCUUACUAAUGAGAAUGGCCAGUAUUGCCCCUUCAGCUGUGAAACUCAGGCCUGGUCCAUUGCCACUGUGCUUGAGGUUCUUCAUGAUCUGUGAGCAGAGACAAAGACUCCCUCGUCUUCCACAUUUGUCACUGUGUGAUCUUGCUUGUGUGCUCCUUACCUAAACAGCUUAAAGGGCGUGUUACCACUUAGAGCUAACAGAGGUAGUUUACUCUCUGUCCAGUGUAGAUUACAAGAUAUAUCAGCACAGCAUCCUGUGCUUCUAGUAUUUGUAAGACAUUUCCUUGUUCCUCAUAUCCCUUUGCCUUUGCCAUUCAAAGCUAGAGCACUGUAGCAACUUCUGUUGACUACUAGAUACUGUGAGUUGCCCUUAAGGUAACUAAAUUGUUUAAGAUGUGUAGUAUAAAUGACGCAUCAUCAAUGUUAAUGUAAUGGCUUUGUCCUAAUGCUUUGCACACAACUGCCCCUUUCACACUGUUGUACGGUUAGGAUGAACCUUUUGAUGUUUAAAACUCACAAAGUUAUUUUUGUUUGCAUGUAUUAUACCUGAAUAGUUAGGAAAACUGAUAACAGGAAUAAAUGUGAAAUAAAAAAAAGAGUGUUUAAAGAAAAAUAAUUGG